AUGCCUCUCGUAGGGAACAUUUACUUCAUUGCGGCCGUCGCCGUCAUUGGCGGUGCUCUCUUUGGCUUUGACAUUUCGUCUAUGUCAGCCAUUAUUGAGACAACUGCCUACAAGUGUUAUUUCAAUCAAGGUCCCAAGGGACCCCCAUUCAACAAUGAUGAUGAUUGUAGUGGUUUGAGUUCCUUGACUCAGGGUGGUGUCACUGCCGCUAUGCCUGCUGGUUCAUGGCUUGGUGCUCUUAUCUCUGGCUUCGUUUCUGAUCGUCUUGGUCGUCGCUAUUCUAUUAUGGUUGGAUGUAUUAUCUGGAUUGUCGGUUCUACCAUCAUCUGCGCUUCACAGAACAUUGGCAUGCUUGUGGCUGGCCGUGUUAUCAACGGUCUCGCUGUUGGUAUGGAGUCAGCCCAGGUCCCCGUUUACAUCUCUGAGCUUUCCCCUCCCUCCAAGCGUGGUCGUCUGGUCGGAUCCCAGCAGUGGGCUAUCACCUGGGGUAUCCUGAUCAUGUACUAUAUCUCAUUCGGCUGUUCUUACAUUGGUGGCAAGACCUCCUCCGACUACAGCACUUCCGUCUUCCGUAUUCCCUGGGGUAUCCAAAUGGUCCCCGCUGUCCUCCUCUUCAUCGGAAUGAUCUUCCUCCCCGAGUCCCCUCGCUGGCUGGCCCGCAAAGACCGCUGGGAAGAAUGUCAGUCUGUAUUGGCUCUCGUGCACGGCAAUGGAGACCCCAACAGCCCCUUCGUCGUUGCUGAGAUGCAAGAGAUUGGUGACAUUUGCGAGUUCGAGCGCGAAAACGCCGAUGUCUCAUACUUGGAACUUUUCAAACCCAACAUGAUCCACCGUACCAUGACUGGUAUCUGGACUCAAAUCUGGUCCCAACUGACUGGUAUGAAUGUCAUGAUGUACUACAUCACCUAUGUCUUCAGCAUGGCCGGAUACUCUGGAAAUGCUACCCUUCUUGCCUCUUCCAUCCAAUACAUCAUUAAUGUCGUCUGCACCGUCCCCGCUUUGAUCUGGGUUGACCGUUGGGGCCGUCGCCCUACCCUCCUCAUUGGUGCCACUUUCAUGAUGAUCUGGAUGUACGCCAAUGCCGGUUUGAUGGCUACCUAUGGUACCGUUGUUCCUGGUGGUAUCAAGGGUGUAUCCGAAGAAUCUAUGCGCAUGAGCGGUGCCCCAGCCAAAGCCCUCAUUGCCUGCACCUACCUGUUCGUCGCAUCCUACGCUCCUACCUGGGGUCCCGUCUCAUGGGUCUACCCUCCUGAGCUGUUCCCUCUGCGCGUGCGUGGUAAGGCCGUCGCCCUGGCUACCUCUGCCAACUGGGCCUUUAACACUGCCCUGGGUCUCUUUGUUCCUUCUGCGUUCGCCAAUAUCCGCUGGGAGACUUACAUUAUCUUUGGUGUUUUCUUGACUGCCAUGUUGAUUCACGUGUUCUUCCUGUUCCCUGAAACCGCUGGAAAGACUCUUGAGGAGACUCAGCAGAUCUUCGAGGACCCCAACGGUAUCCCUUACAUUGGUACUCCUGCCUGGAAGACUCGCCAUGAUACCAAGCGCACCAUUGCCGCUGAGCAGGGUGAUGUUGAGGUUCUGGGUGAGAAGUUGGCCGGUAAGAAGACCGUCGCUACCCACACUGAGACUGCCGAGACCACCGACUCGGUUUAA